GCCGCUCCCGCGGCGCUGCCCGCUCCCUCCAUUGUGUACACGGGAAGGUCACCGGUUCGGGCCCCGUCUGUCACGCCGCCCCCCCGCGCCUCUCCCCGCGGGGCCGUGUCGCGACGGGCGGUACUCGCGGCCUUCCUCCCCCCCUCCCCCCGUUCCCCCCGUGGUGCGGGGCCCGCGGGGCCGCUCCGCGCUUUGUGCGUGACUCCGCCGUAGGACUGCGCCGCGCAUUUCUGCUCUUUGUUGGCAGCGCACGGCCGCGCGCGGCGCUGGGAGAGCCGCUCGGCUCCCAUUGAUCCGCGCCGGGAGUUCGGCGUGGGGGGGCUGCGGACGGAGCGCCGUGCCCUUCGCGCCCCGCUCCCGUAGAGCUCCUUCGGCCCCGUCCGCCCGCGGCGCGAUGCGGUGCUUCGGCAGAAGCGGCCCCGCGUCGGGGCCGGCCGGGAGGAGGUCGCUGAUGGAGCGAGGUGCCGUGACCUGUAAUGGAGCGUGGCCGGGGCUUUUGGGCUCGGCCUCUGCCCCCGGACCGCUCGGCUUUCUGGAACGCGUUUAGUCGUGAAGAAACGGCUCGCUGAGCAGAAGAGCGGCCAACAGACGCGCACUGCGUUGGUGCCAGUAGCGUCCCGGGGCUCAGCGGUGGCGUCGGCAGCUCCUUCCAAUUGCCUGGGGACCUUCCCCCGCGAGCGGGACCCGUCCCCCAAGCGGGGCCUUUCCUUGCUUUCCCAUGGCGGCGGUAGGAAGAUCCGCUCUGCAUCGUGUUGCUCUCGGCCUCGGGCAGGCGUUCCCACGCGCGGCCGCACUCUGAUUCGGAUUAAAGCGCUGCUGAUGCAACGCGGGUGCCAGAUGUAAGGCGGUAAGCCUCUUUGUCCCUUUUAUCCAGAGCCUUAUGUAAAGAGGAUGGUAUUUAUGGUCCCAGGUACAUCGUUUUGGGGAUGCGUGGCGGCACGUGCUCGGAUGCUCUUAUGCGGUGCGUAAGGGAAACGUGGGCUUUGGGGUCUGCGAGGUGUGGGGCAGUUCCCCGCUGAGCUCCGGGUGAGGUCGGUGCUCGGUUGCACAGCAAAGCCAUCUCCCUGACUUUGGGUUGGGAGGGAGAUGGGGCUGCCCGCAGCCCGGCCCUGCUGGCUGCCGGUGGGAUGGCUUGGAGCCGUUUGGGUGCCUGCCUUCCCAAAGCCCAGGGAGGCGGCCCGUGCGAGUUGUUCUCCUGUGGCGCCCUUAUUGGGAUGCUCCACAGGCACCCUGUGCGGUGGUCCGUCUCCCUACGGCACCGUGCUUCCAACGGGCGGCUGCGGCGGUGGGCUCCGCUGGUCCCGUGGUUGGAACGGGAUGGAAGCUCACCUCGUGACUUCAACUCUCCUGGGAUGUUUUUGUGCAUUUUUUUCGAAGGAAAUGUCCGUCUUGCUUCUGGCAAAAAAUCUGUUUGCUAAUUGCAGCCAAGGUGUUGUUUUGUUUUUGCUGCACUGAGCAUCCCUCACGUGCUAAGAAAGUCGGCCUCACCUGAGCGCCAGGUGUGUGGGCAGGCAGGAGGGCUGUGGGUCAGCUCAGGAAAAUCUUAUGGUGUUAAUUAAACUCCUGACUUCUGCAGUUUGUUUCCUACUUUCUGGAGUGAGAAACAAAAAGGAGAAGAGAGAAUAUGUUGUGCUUUUACGCAGUGGGCACGGGCAGGCUUUGCAGCAUGGGAUUUCCGUUGAGCUGCCGUGGGGCGCUUGCCCUCGUGGCAGCCCAAGGAUGACAUCUGCGUGCCGCGCUCCGUCGGGUGUGACGUCGCUUUGCGCCAGGACGGCGAUGUAUUGGUACAAAACAAGGUGAUUUGGAGACCAUUUCCAUAAACGUGAUGUGCCCUUCCUUGGGGCUGAUGGAAUGGAACCUCUCUGGAAGGAGCCGACGUGCUGCUGGCACAGCGAUGGGAGCCGGGGCUCUCCAGCUUCCUGCAGAACGGUGCCUCUGCAGACAGGCUCUGCGGUGGGACUCCUCGUCCUGGAGAUUUCCUCUGUAUUCUUCUGGUUUCGACAUUCUUUCUCUUUGUGCCCAUUGCCACAAGUAAUUAAAACUGGACUACAGCUCGAAAAUAGGCCGAGUACACUUUGAUGCAUGAUUCUAGCUUUUUUUUAUUGUGUUCCAUUACAUGCUGGCUAAUUCACAAAACUCGGUCAUUUGCAAUGGGCCAUUAGUGUGAAUUAGCAACUUUCUGAUGUAUAUCAUAGCAUUGCAAAUGGGCUUUAUUAAUCUGCGAAACACACCUAUUUAUUAUCCUUCCCAUAAGAAGGAGAAAGGAAGGGGGGGAGGUAGAAAAAAAGUGCUGUUGGGAUUUCUUGCUCCGAUCCUUAGUGUGCCGCGUUUGUCACUGCUUGCAUGUCUCCUCCCGCGCUUUGCAGCCUGGCUGGCUUUUCCCAAAGCGUUCCCAGGCUGGUGCCUUGACAGCAAGAGGGAUUGCAGCUGCACCUCCGGUCUUCUGCUGCAAAUGAAGCCUCUGCUCGUCUCGCCAAGGUGCCCUAAUUGCUUAUUGAGUGAGGGGAAUUAAAGGCGUUAAUAGGAGAAGUGGCAGCUCCUUCAUUUUUGGAGUGGCAGAGAGGUGUUCUUUGUCCUCCGAAGGCUGAGGUGUGUAAGCCCUGGGGUAGCUCCAGGCGCUCUCCAGUGGGUGAGGACAGGCUGCCCGUUCUAUGUGGGGCUUUGCAAGGGUGUAGCCAGACCGGUUUGCAAUCCACACAGCUGCCUUGGUUCCGGUUUCCUGAUGGAGAGGGAGAACCAACCCCCAGAUUUGUCCCAUGUGUCCCUGUGGGAAGCGUCACGAUGCGCUGCUCAGUGCCAGGCUUUGCUCAGAUGUCCCUUCUCCAGUGUCUCAUGGUAUUUUUGGUGUUCGGCAGGAGCAAACCGUGGGGCGCGAGGAGAGCACCUGCGCCAGGUCCAGAGCAUUCCCAAGCUCAUCCUGGCUGCAGGGGUGCAGAUUUUGGGUGAGGACGGUGCUGUGAUUCUUGAUGGUUUUGAACCACCACAUUGAGGCUGCCCAGAGCUGUGGGUGCCCCAUUCCCCAGAAGUGACAUGGCUAUGGAUGGACCCUGAGCAGUCUGAGCUGGGGGUGGGCGGCCCACGGCAGGGCUGGGAGCUCAGCUCCAUGGUCUCUGUGGUCCCUUCCAACCUGAGCCAUUCUGUGAUUCUGUCCCUGGUUCUGGACAGAUGGGAGAGCUGAGCUCCUGGGAAGGGAGCUGCUCCCUUGUUCCCCUGCUUGUUCCUCAUGGCAAGGUUUCUCAGCUCCUCUUUCCCAAUACAGCCGUGUGUUGGGAGCACUGGGUGCUGCAUGGAUGUGGACCUGUGGAUCUGGGUGAAGCUCUUGGCUGUGUUCAGCUCUCAAAUUUUGAGUUCUGUGAGGCCGUACCUGCGUCAGGACCUCGAGACAGCGAUUUUGGCCAUGGGGUUGCAUCCAUCCAUCCCCACACUGGGGGGAGGGAGGGCGAGAAGAACAUUUGUCUGUUGUCCUACAUGGGAGGGAGAGGAAGUGAUGCUAGAUGCCUUCACGUGGCUCUGCAGGCAUCAAUAUGCCUUCCAUUGACAGUGUCAUGUCCCAGACACGGUUUUGUCCUCUUAAAGUAGGAAGUUCUUGGAUUUCCCUGCAUGUUGGUAGAGAAAACCUGAGAGGUGUUUGAUUCGGUAUGGGGUAGGCAGCUGGGAAACAAUGCCAUGGCUGCGAAGCGCCGGAACAAAGUAAUUGUGAAUCUGGAGGUGUGCGUGCUCGGGGCGAAUGAAAAACGGUGACUUUGGUGCUGACACUUCCAAAAGCCAUUUGAGGAUGAAAGAAGGGUUGUUCCCGUUUUUCCCAUCUCUAGACACUAGAGAAGGCCUGAGACGUUUUGUCCCUUUCCUUUCCCCCUCUCUGUGUGCCUCACACCAGUGACGUCGCUGCCGGUGACGCCGGGCUGUUGGGGCUGAGGGGCACGCGGUGCUCCGGGCUCUGGCUUUGCUCGGUGCCUCCUUUGGGAGUGCUGGGCUUUGUCAGCCACCCACUGGGCUCCUCCUGAGCUGUGCUGCAUGCUGGAGCGGAGUAAGCAUCAGAGGGGAGAAGAGUUUUGGCUAACACAGCAAAACCUGCUCUUCAGAUCUCAUGCCGUGUGCCCGUAUCUCGUCGUAUCUAUGGAUUCCUUGUAGUAAUUUACGUUCCACCUUGCUGCAGGGUUGUGUUUUGGGGUUACCAGCAGGCUGGGGAGGGGUGGAUGCGAGCUUGAGUUCUGGUCUGAACCACAGCUUUUGCCUGCUGGUGUGCGUUAUGUUGGCGUGCAGUGUGUGUUUGGAAGUGGGUGGGUGUCACGGCGGAUAGAUCUGCUAAACUCCGCUCUGCAGCCCUCCUGCCCCCCGCACCGCUCGGCUCUCGCAGCUCCCUGCUUUUGCGCUGCCCACGUUCGGCUUUCCCCAGGAACGCCAGCACAUGACUCAGCCGCUGGCGCUGCCCCGUCUCAGGUUCAUCCCCGGUGUCACAGCCCCGCCGGCGGAAACUUGGAGUCCCGGCGUAAGUUUCUGGAGCGCUCGCUGGGCUGCGGUGCAUGCUGGAAGAUGUAGUCUCGCCGGGGUGCACCUCCAUAUUAAACGAGGAGGCUUUGGCUCCAUUUUAUUCAAAUGGGGCUCAGCCUGCUGGCUUCUGGCAGCGUGCCCGCGCCAUCCCGCUCCAGCCGGGAGCCGCCGGAGUUGUGCCGGUGCCCGGUGGGAGCGCGGCUCCUCCGCGUCGCUGGGUGCGCCUGGCGAUGGCGCGGGGCGAGCGUGGAGCCCUGCUGCCCUGGGUGGCACUCGAGGAGGGUGUCAUGGCCAGGCGCCUUUGUCUGCUGCGCCUCGAGUGAUGCACGGGGGAGAGCAAGCCCUCCUCCCUGCUGGAUUUCUGGAGCUGAAAGCAGCAAGUGAGUGAGGAAGCUCCUUUGUGCAGAUUUCUCCGUCUCCUCUUGUGUGUGCCAGCUGGCUCUCAUUCAACAUUUCUCUUUUUUUUUUUUUCUUUUUUUUUUUUUUUUCCCUUUUUCCCUCCCCCAUCUCUAGAGAGAGGGGGCGGGGAGAAAGGGAACAUCUUAAAAAGAGAUCUGCAGAAAAAGACACGGGAGUUUCUUCACAAAGAUCCAACCCAAACAAGCCCAGCCGGGGGAUUAUGAGCGAGCACAGCGGCCCUGAGAAGGGGAACGCGUCCCCUCGGAGCUCACUUUGCUCGUAAAAGGAAACAAAAAGGGAUCUGGUGCUGGGACGGCAUGUGGGGAGCUGGGGGCAUGCCUUGUGGCCAGGCUCCUCCGGCCCCCAGCUUUCUGUCCCCUUCACCUCUUCUCGCUUCCUGAAAGUUACGCAGGGUGAAAAGUAGCAGUCAGUCGUGUCUGGGAGCCACCAGAGGCUGCUCCUGGACGGGGAUGAGCCAGCCCUUCUCCAUUGGGGCAGGAGCAGCACUUCCUCCAGCAUCCCACCACCCCUCCCUAGGUUCCAGUACCACGGCGCAGGGCUCGGCCAGACCCGGCGUGCUGGAGCACUAAGAGCUGGGGCUUGUGCAGCUUCCCGGCUCUCUGCUGGGUGCUUUUUGAAGUGCUCUGUUUGAAUAGUUUCCUCUAGGUGUGUUUGCAGUUGGCUGCUUGCUCCCAGAGUGAACUUUCAGGUUUGUCUCUAAUACGCUGGCUCCUUCCCAGCACGGAGAUGUGGAUUGGAGAGGUCUCGGCACCUAAUGGAGCUGAAUUAUUCAUGUCUGGUGCUGCGUGUGCGCAGCAUUCCCAAGCAGAAAGCUGUCUCCUUGUUGGAUCUGUGCACCAGGACUGCUCUUAAAAUGCUGUGCUGGCAAGGCUCCAGCCAACAAGUGAGCACACGCUGCUCAUGGUGCACGGGGAUCCAUCGGGCAAUGGCGGGAGGUGAGUGGCAGUGUGAGGCGUGGGGACCUGGACAACGUUUGGGGCUGUGGGAACCACUUUACCUCCUCGUGUGUGGGUUGGCUUGCAGGGAACCACCCCGCAUUGCAGUUUGGGGUCGCGGGCUGGGACGCGCCGCUUCUUCCCCAUUCCUCUUUGCGGUGCCUUCAGAGCCCAGCCUGUUCCAGUUGGUCCUGUUUGAGCUCUUCCCUUCUUGGCAGGGCCUGGGCAGCCUCCUCUGUUGGGUGCUCGUGUUCUCCCCCUGUUUGCUGAACCUGUUUGCUCCUGGCUCUCCGAGGAGCCGGCUGACUUUUGGGCUCCUUCCGCCUUUUGUUGUGGGAGGUAUCAGCAGCCGUGGUCGCCCACCGCUGCCGUUUGCACAGCUUCAGACCUACGUCCUCGUCUGCUGCCUGUGUUCUCAAUAUUGCACCAUGGCAUGGAGCAUUGGGGAGCUGCGGGGCCGGCUGUGCUGCCGUGCCCCUCUGUCUGCACACAGGGCACGGGGCCACGGCUCCAGCAUGGGAAAGGAAGAGCCUGGGUGCAGGGUGCAGAGCGGGAUGCUCCAGCCGUGUGUGCAGGAAGGUGGGCAGGAGGAGGAGAAAGGUGAGAGCAGUGCGGGGAGCCUUGGUGCGGCCGUCAGCACACACGGAGCUCCUGAUUCGGCACUUUCUGCCGCUGAAAUGAGAGUGUUUGCAUCUCUGGAAACGCACCAUGAAGCUGCUUUCCAGGCUCCUGCUUGUUGGAGUUUGAAGAAAUCUGUGUGUGUGUUGUUUUUUGUUUUUCUUUUUUUUUUUCCCCUUGUUUCUCUUGAAGUCACCUGUUUUUGAAGUGCUGCUCAUCAAUAGCAGCAGGCCUCAGGCACGGCAGAGCUGGAGGGGGGCCUCAUCCAGAUGGGGCUCAGGGCUUCCAGCUCUGCAGCUGCACGGCCGGGUGCGGUGCUGUGGCCCUGCACAGCGCUCCUGCCCCGCUCCGUGCCGCCCUGCUCCCCGCCGUCU